UCUCGAGCUGCAGAAGGGAGCGGACCAAAACCGCCCUAUCAUCAGCUACACGUACAUGUAUAGCCAUGUGCGAGCUACAAGAGAAUCUGACCUGCGCAAUAUGUGUGGACCACUUCCGGGACCCGGUCAAGUUACCAUGCCAACACACGUACUGUAGAGAAUGCAUUCGUACCCAUGCUGAAAAGUCCAAACCUAAAGAAACUUAUGACACCUCCGAGUUGUCGACGAUCCCCAAAAAGGAAUGGUUAAUAUACUGUCCGCUUUGCCGGAAAGAGGCCAGCCUAGGGAAAGACGGCGUUGAUGACUUACCUAACAACAUCUAUCUUUGCGGUAUGGCGGACAGGUCAAGGUCACUGGAAACGGUUGAGGAAGGCGCAUGCGCAGAAACCCCAGAAAACACUGUCGACCAAGACUUGUGCAUGACGCAUGAGUCGGCGCUAAUCAUGUAUUGUGAAACUUGCCCAAAGCUAAUUUGCUUGGAGUGUCUGGAAGAACACGAGCGUCACUUAAUAAGCAGUACGAAAGCUGCGUACAGAAAUCUGAAAGAACCCAUACAGAAGAAAGCCGAAGAGUGCGAAGUGUUUAAAGACGAGUUAGCUUGUCUUGUUUCUGAAACGGAAAGUCUUUUGAAGGAAAUAAGGGAAAAUGAAAACACACACAGAACAGAAAUUGAAAGCGCUUACAAUGAAGGCCUGGAUGUAUUGAAUACAUGGAGAAGGGAUGCCUUAAAUCGGAUUGAAAACCGCCAUUUACCCCUAACCAACAAGACUGAGAGAGUCUUAGCAGAACUUCCUGUAAAAAUGGCAGAAAUAGAGAAGAUGAUACAAGAGGCCCUAGAUCUUCCAACCUCCCUCACAGGAACUUUCUUACAGAUGUCACGAGACCUGACUUCAAGGAUGGAUGUCCACCUAUCGAACGCUCCAGAUUUUCUGAAAGAUCAGAGGAAAGUCAAGAAGACAGUAGCAGAGACCUUGAAGCUUGAUCCAGCUGCCCCUUUAAAUCUGGACGUUAAGUUGAAUGUACGCCCAAUGAAAGGUAUGACAGGGAAACCUAAAAGAUGUUUCAGAGAAGAAAUUACACAUAUCCCUUGUUUCACAAUUUUUCGGUCUCUGUAAACAUGUUAGAAGUAUAUGGUUAUUAAGAUUGGUUGCUAUUAUUAUUAUGUGAGCAUACUGGAAUUCCCUUUCAUAUCGGUGAAUCAAACAGUACAGUCUGCUGGUAUGUAACACUCAUAUAGAAAUAGACAACUUUCCUCUCCAGCCCGCGGGGUGGUCAUGGGUUUCCCCCGGGCUAUGCCCGGUUUCCUCCCACCAUAAUGCUGGUCUCGAUCUAUAUGUGAAAUAUUCUUAAGCAAGACGUGAAACGUUAAUGGCAAAAAUUAAAUAUGCUGUCUGCAAUUAGUGGAUAGUGUGCUCUUUUCCAUUCCACCCGAACUCCGUGCACCCACUAUGUUGGAGUACUCAGCCUCAGCUAAUCAUCUACGAAUGGUUCACUUCACAUGCUUUAUUCAUUUUCACACCCAGAAAUGGAGAGACGGGGUUCAUCUCAACAACUGGGGUCGGAUUUAGGAACCAAGAGAAGAGCAUAUUCUCUCGAAUGUGAUGUUUGUCGCAUAGAAACAGGCCCACAGAUUGAAUUGCCAUGGUUGAAAUUCAUAAAAACAUCUCACACAAGCUUGGGGAUUGAGGCCUAUGGCACAAUGGUCUGCACACAGGAAGGUCCUGCUGAAUGGUGUGAAGCCUGGACAGAUGGUUGCUUUCAGACAAGGUGCCAUUUCUGGCAGCUCCAGGUCCAUUUGAAACCGUCGUCAUGUGAGAGGCAGACCCCACGGUGUAUAUUUACAGCCGGUGUGAGGCACAAGGGCUCUUCACUGAAUGGUAAAGCAGGUGUGGAAAGUUGGUGGGUUGGGAUUAGCAAGUACGAAGACAAAUCACAAGUUAACAGUGAAUGUGGUAUGGUCAAAGAACGUUUUAGAAAAUGGAUUCCUUUCCAAGAGCUAUACACCCUUGGGUUCCGACUGUGGUGUGAGACUGGAAGACUGACGAUCGUAGACUGUGAACAAAAUUCUGUAAUCCUUACCAUAAACAACGUGGAUGUGUCCAAACCUCUUGUACCGUCAGUGGAUUUUCAUGGCGACUUAAUACAGUCAGCCUCAGUUCGUCUCGAAACUGGUAACUCGGUGGCGCUACCAAGUGUCCUGUUAAGCACGGUUUAGAACCUUAAGUUCAGAAUGUCGGUGAGCUUCUGGUGCGACUCAGUUCAAUAGCGGAGUUUCGAGCUGGAACUCUUUUGUCGUCAAAGGUAAAAACAGUCCUACUGUGUCAUGUGACUUGUAAAAAAUGUUACGCAAACUUUCUUGAUAUUUAUUUACCGAUCACCUGUCUCAAACUUUUCCAGAGGCACAAAUGACACCUCUUUCCUUUAGGAACUUUUCAAGUACACAUACGUUCAAAUCCUCCAUUUUCUCUAUCAUUCUUCGAAUCUAAAUCACUUCUUGUGAAACUUUUUUCAGACGCCCAUGUUCUAGUGAAUGUGAUUAAGAUUAGUUGCCUAGCAUUCUUGACAGGUCACAUGAUGCAGUUGGGCUUUUUCAACCUUCAUCAAUAAAACAGUUUGAACUCAAAACUCCCCUAUUGUUGGAUCGUGUCCUAAGAGCUCGUUUAUGCGAAAUACUGACCCGACUGAACUGACGUUGUACUCCAGUCGUGCUCUGUGUGUGAGUGAUAUUGUUUAACCCAACAGCCACUGUGACCACUAUGGCGACUAAGUCGAGCCGUGUCUUUCUCUCUCGUGUAUGUCGAGCUUAAAGGGGAGACGAAAAACCCAUAGAACUGAGCUAUUCAGAAUAAACCGGGUCAGUUGGUACAUGUACUAUACGGUGGCCAUUGUACAUUAGACAUAUCCUAUCCUAUAUUAGACAAGUGGGAAAGUCUGUCAGUAACCUGCGGAUGGUCGUGGGUUUCCCCCGGGCUCUGCCCGGUUUCCACCCACCAUAAUGCUGACCACCGUCGUAUAAGUGAAAUAUUCUUGAGUAUGGCGUAAAACACCAAUCAAAUAAAAUAAUAAAUACUAUACUAGACAGGCAAACGAAAGUUAAAUAAAUAUAGCAAGUGAUAACUGGUGACACCAGUUGAAGAACUAGGUGUAUGAGAUAAAAUAUCCUCUUAAUUUUUGUUGUGCUUUUGUUUCACUAUUGUUCUUUUCCAUUUGAUAUAAUGGCGACUUGAUCAUUAUUCCAUUGAAAUGCUAACCGAUAUGUACAUGUAGGUAUAUCAUUGUACCAUAUUGCAAAGAAUGUAGAAAGCAGUAAGGACAAAACCAGACAUCCUCAUAGAAAAUAUAAAAGAGGCAUGAUGGCACACAUAACCCGGUAUUUAUACAGAUAUUUUUUCAAAUGGAAGCCAACGAAUGAGUACGGUAGUAAAAGUAAAACGAGAGCAGCGACUACAGUGUGAUAGCUGGCAAGUUGUUACAGGCAUUACCGCUGAAAUACGGCUUCCUGCCAGUUUACAUCGAGAGUUUGAUUAGAAUUGUUCAUGUAUAUUCUAAGUAGCAACUUACACAUCACUUAACACCGUGACUUAUCACAGGUUUCAUGUGUAUAUUAUCGCCCCGCUUGUCGAAAUGUGUAGCUCAUGCAGUAUUUUCAUAU